UGAAAAUGACAUCAUCCUUGCACAGAAUUGUGAAUGGCAAUGACAUCAUGUUGUGGAGGAAUUUUCCUUGAAUGACAUUUCCCUGUUCACAGCAUUUUUUGACUGAACAAUCAGGAUCCUGCUAAGCCUUGAGGUCAGAGGUCAAAGAGCAAUGGGGACAAGGAGGGUGCUAGUGACUGGAUGCUCCUCUGGCAUUGGCUUGGCUGUGGCUGCACGGCUGGCUAAAGAUGAGCUGAGACGGUUUAAAGUGGUUGCCACAAUGAGGGAUCUCGGAAAACGGGGGCCCUUGGAAAAAGCAGCAGGAGCUUCCUUGAAUAAAACUCUGGAAAUCAAACAGCUGGAUGCCUGUUGUGAAGCCUCCAUCAGAGAGUGUGUCAACAGCCUGCCGGAUAGAAGGGUGGACAUUCUUGUGAAUAAUGCAGGGGUUGGCAUGAUUGGGCCACUGGAGUGCCAAAGUAUUGCUGCCAUGAAGGAGCUCUUCGACACAAACUUCUUCGGGCUGGCACGGCUUGUGAAAGAGGUGCUGCCCGACAUGAAGCGACGGCAAAGCGGCCAUAUUGUUGUGAUGAGCAGCGUCAUGGGAAUACAGGGGCUUCUAUUCAAUGACGUCUAUUCUGCUUCUAAAUUUGCUGUGGAAGGAUUUUGUGAAAGUCUGGCAGUGCAGGCAAUGAAGUUUAACAUCAAGACCACUCUUGUGGAACCCGGCCCUGUGGUGACGGAGUUUGAAACGAAAGUGUACAAAGAUGCUGAGAAGAUGGAUCUGUCAGGGACAGACGAGGAGACGGCCAAAAUCUUCCAUGAAGUUUACCUGCCAUACUCAAAAAAGGUCUUUGCCUCAUUAGGUCAGACACCGGCAGAAGUGGCCGAGCAAACAGUUAAAGUGAUCACGGCCAAGGAACCUCCUCUGCGCCACCAGACCAACCGCCUGUACAUGCCCAUGACUGCACUGAAACAUGCAGAUCCAACCGGUCGCCUGCCUCUGGACACCUUUCAUAAGAUGAUCUUUAAACAUGACCGUGUGCUCAAUGCUACCCUCACUUUGCUUCGAAUGCUGCAGCAAAGAAGAGGAGAGAAAUAAAGACUUAGUUGUUGGGUCGCAAACACUAUAGAUGUUAUU